AGCGACAAGGGAUGUUUACAAUAUAUAACAUGACGAUGUCGCCGUUUAUAGUUGGUACAGGAAGAGAGAGUCCAUGAUAUCACUCGUUAUUCAUUCCAUCGCUAUUUAUUCCAACUCACAUUAAUAUAUUAAUACCUACCCUACAUACCCAGGUACCAAAUAACACUCGCUUGAACUAUCAAAACCAAAAGUCUUGAUUUACUGUUUACCGCCCAAGGAAAUAAUAAUUAUUUACAUAUUAUUCUCAUCCGAAAUCAUGAAGUCCAACACCAUCGCUGCCGCUCUCUUCACGGCAUCCGCCGUCUCAGGCGCCGUCAUGAAGCCCAGACAAGCGAACUCGUUCUCGGUGUCUAACUUCACCGCAUCAUGCAUCCCGCACAGUCUUCUCUGCACCUACGAAUUCGCCGUAAUAACAGACCCCACCACCGCUUCGCCCUCAGGCAACCCGUCCCCAGCGCAAUGCAGCCUCAUGCUGCAAGGUCCAGACUACCUGCCGCCGGUGCAGCUGACGGGGUGUGCGGACGCGGGCGCGUAUUCGUGGGCAGUGGAUGUUCUGAAGGAGGGCGGACUCACGCUCAGCGUCACGACGCCUCAGGACUCUCACACCAACUUCACCGGUUCUUACGCGGUUCCCGCUGAGCAGUUGGUUGCUGAGCAGCACGGUGCGGUUAUCACGCAGAGGUAUACCGGUCCGAGCGCGUUUGCUGUGCCGAUUGGAGGGGGUGCGGCUUAGGCGGCGCGGUUUGAGCUAGAUGAAGAGGAGAUUGGUGGGAGUAAGGGGCCAGAUAGAUCAUGAGAGUACGUAAUAAGGGGAAUAAAUAUUAGAUGGCCUACGUAAAGAAAAGCAAUAUAUUAAUGAGUUAGGAGUUUAUUGUCAUAGACAUUAGCGUAAAUGUAUUUGAAUAAAUCAUA